AAGAUUGUAAAGAAAAAAAAUGGAGGACGAAGAGCACGAGGUUUACGGCGGAGAGAUCCCUGAUGUCGGCGAGAUGGAGGUUCCCGAUCCGGAUAUCGAUAUGUCCGCCGGCGAUGAUGACGCCGUUAAGGAGCUUGAUGAGAUGAAAAGGAGAUUGAAGGAGAUGGAGGAAGAGGCUGCUGCUCUGCGCGAGAUGCAAGCUAAGGUCGAAAAAGAUAUGGGAGCUGCUCAAGAUUCUGCUAGUACGGAAACAGAUCAAGCAGUGAAGGAGGAGGUGGAUGCUCGAUCAGUUUAUGUUGGCAAUGGUUGUUCUCAUUGCUGAAGUUCUUAUUAGUUCUGGCUUUUCAACUAGGUUUUGUGGCUGUCUAGAUAAUCUCCUUGUUGUAGUGUUGGAAAGCCUUGUUGUGGAAUUUGAUUAUAAAAGUUAAAAAAAAUUGUUGUGAAAAGAAAAGAAAAAUAAAAGAAAGAGAAAAAAAAGUGAGAAAAAAAAAGGAAGAUUGAAAAAAGAGUUAAAGCAGCAAAUGUAGAAAAAAAGAAGAUUGCAUGAGUUUGAGAAAUUACAAAAAAAAAGGGACUUAUUGAGUGGAAAAAAGGACUCUUGAGUGAGUUGGGUGGGAGUAGAAAUCAAGGUAUUUGAAAUCCUUGAGGAGAUGGCCUUUGAAAAGCUGAAUCAAGAUGCUGGAUGCUUUCAGUCUAGACCCAAAGCUGAUGUCUGCAGAGAGGCUACUUGGAGCUCAUACAGGUUUGGUUGUUUUGUGGAUUUGGUGAGAGGCUGCUGUUUGAUGCUCGCCUGUUAUCAUAUAUUUUGCCUCACGCUCUUAAAUCAAGAUUCUCAUAAACUUUAAUGUUCCUUGCACAUCUUAGGGUCUAAAGUUUGCACUAGUUCAUCACUCGGCUUCCCUUACUCCACUGGUUAACUUAUUUAUCUGUCAUGUGCUCAAUGACUUAAGAUUUUCUUCCUGCAAUCUAAAUGCUUCUGUGUUAUACUAAAACCACAUGUUUCACUCUCCAGGUCGAUUAUGCUUGUACGCCUGAGGAAGUGCAGCUUCAUUUCCAAACAUGCGGAACAGUCAACCGGGUUACCAUUCUGAUGGACAAGUUUGGACAACCAAAGGGAUUUGCUUAUGUGGAGUUUGUUGAAGUGGAAGCCAUGCAAGAAGCUCUACAACUGAAUGAAACAGAGUUACAUGGCCGUCAACUGAAGGUCUUGCCUAAGCGAACCAACGUUCCUGGAAUGAAACAGUAUCGUCCCGGGGGUUUCAACCCUUCAAUAGGUUACCGGUUUCGCAGACCAUUUGUGCCUCCGUAUUUUUAUUCUCCAUAUGGGUACGGGAAGGUUCCUAGGUUCAGAAGGCCUAUGCGAUACAUGCCUUACCAAUAGAAACUGUUACCAGAAUACGAGCCAGAGAUAUGGAGAACAAUGAGAGAAAGAGAGAGAUGAGUGAUGCCUAGAGAAUAGAGGUCUCUCCAUUUCGGGCUUUACUUUACGAGUUUUUUUUAACUUCGCUUUUCUUGCACCUAAACUUUGUUAUUUGAUUCUAUUAUGUACACGGAUGAGUUUAUAAGCUUUGGUAUCUUGAGAUAUCAUAACA